GGCAAAUAAAGAAAUUAGGGCAUAAAAUUUCAAAAUUCUGUUCAUAUGACAAUACAAUCAUUUACAUUUUUAAUCACUUCCUGGUCCAAAUAUUUCACAAUAAUUAGCAAAUGUUUGAGACGUACAUUUUUAUAAAGUUUGACAAUUAUUCGUUGAAUAAGCACAACGGAUCAAUAAUUUAAAAUUAAUAUUUUAAAGUGGUGAGAGAUACGAUAUGUUUUGGUUACAACAUUCAUGACAGUAACAUUAUCUCUACAAAAGUUCAAAUUUUGAGGCAGUGUGUUAGAUAGGAAAGGUUUAAUUAAUUUUGUUGAGAAAGCAGUAUUUGAGACAAUGGAAAUGUAAAGAUUGGAAUAAGAAUUUUAUUACAAUUUUUUUUUUCAAAAUGACGAUGUUAUUACUGCAAUAAAAUAUAAGGACAAGCUAUAUCUAUAUUUAGACGCUGUAUAGAUCAACUGAAUAAACCGGUUUCAACAAGAUUUUCAACAAAAUGGCUACCGGUGGAAAAAUAAAUAUGGAUAUUCUUUCUGAUGAAAUAUUUGAUGUAUUAUGCUCAAUGUGUAAAAAAAAUAAAGGUAAAAACACUGAAGGUGAAAAAUUCUGUGUAGACUGCCAUGAUUAUUUCUGCAUAAAUUGUGGAAAGAUUCACAGUCAAGUGCCUGUAUUAGCUGGUCACAAGGUGUUGGAUAAAUCUCAGGUUAAGUCAGGAACCAGCAAAGGUCUACCGAGGGCACCAGCAGAAAGAUGUGACAGACACAGUCAUAAACACAUUGAUAUGUACUGUCAGAAUCAUGAUAAUGUUGGCUGUACUACAUGUAUGACAAUUGAUCACAGAUCAUGUAAAGAUAUAUUCUACAUACCAGAAUUCAUCCAAAACAAAUCUUACCAAGUGGCUUCAAGAGAAAUUCAAACAAAGCUGAAGGCAUCAGCUAAGACCCUUGCUGUACAAGCUAACAAAUUUCAACAGGAUAAACAAAGUCUUCUGAAAAGAAAGGCUGAGUUACUGGAUGAUAUCAGAAAAUUCCGACAAGAAAUUAAUGACCAACUUGACAGGCUGGAGAAAUGUUCUAUAGAUGAGAUAGAAAAUAAAUUCAAACUUCUUGAAGACAAGAUUGAAGAAGGUCUCAAACAGCUUCAAGAACACAAAGCAAUGGUUACAUCAGCUAAUGAUAAAUUAACAUCUCCAAACCCAAAUCAAGCUGAAUUGUUUGUUCAUGUGAAGAUGGGGGAAAAUGCUGAAAAUGUUGCCAACAAAUUGAUAGAAGAUACCAAAAUGAAGAUAACAGUAAGUGACAUAGAGUUUCAACCUGACAAGAAAAUCCUUCAACAGGUGAAACAAAACAAAACAAUUGGCUUGCUAACAGAGAAAACUACAAAAACUGCUGACAAGUUGCUUCAGAUUACAGGGGAACAAUCAUACUGUGUCAACGUCAAGUUGGAUGAAAAGAAUUGUUAUAUCACAAGUGCCUGCUAUAUGGAAGAUGGUAAAAUAAUCCUAGCUGAUUUCAACAACUUCAUGCUUAAACGGUUAGAUAGUCACAAUUUUACCAUCACAGGUUGCUACAAUCUACCUGGUCUGCCACAUCAAAUAUGUAAAAUAAAUGAAACACAAGUAGCAGUAACAUUAUACUCCAAACAGGAAGUUCAUUUUAUUUCUGUAGACAGACAAAUGAAAAGAACAAAAAAGAUUGAAACUGAUUUUGACUGUUUUGGUCUUGCAUAUGCAAACAAUGAUUUAUAUAUUUCUGAUCUCACAUCAGUCUAUAUCUACACAAUGUCUGGCAGGAAACUUAAACAGUUUAGUUCUGACCAGUCAGGACAGAAACUGUUCUGUACCAUAUACAGUCUAGCUGUCAGUAAGGAUGCUACAAGGAUUUAUGUGGCUGAUGGUUAUAAAGGACUGAUAGUACUAGACAACAAUGGUCAGAUUGUUACAAAAUUUGAUGGUCAACAAUUACGGUUGGUUACAUAUUGUCAUCUCACUGAAGCAGGUAGUGUGCUGAUAUCUGGAUAUAAAUCCAAUAAUGUUUUACAGUUUACAUUUGAUGGACAGCUGAUAGGGGAGGUCAUAAAAGCUGACAGUGGAAAAUCAAGAAUUCUGUCAGUUUGCUGUAAUCAACAAAUGUCUAAAGAUGUGUAUAAGCAGAGUAAAUGAAGACAAUAUUGAGGUGUAUGAUAUCUGAUCAGUUAUGUAAAUGAAAACAAACAAACAUAUAAUCAUGCUUAUGGUAACAACUUUAA